GCAUUAGUGCUGGUUGGAGGGACGAGGGGGGUGCGAGCCAGCCAGGCCGCCGGCCGUUCCCACAGCAGCGAGCAGAGCGGGCUGCCAUGGCGCUGGCCCGGCCUGGGACCCGGAGCCCCAGGACCCCAGCCCCUGUCCUGCUGCUGCUGCUGCUGCUCCUCCUCGGGGCCCUCCUGGCUGGGACGGUGCCUUCAGAGCCCCUGAGUCCCUGUGCCUCAGACCCGUGUGCUCCAGGGACCCAGUGCCAGGCUACAGACAGCGGCGGCUACACCUGUGGGCCCACGGAGUCCCGGGGCUGUGACAGCCAGCCAUGCCACCACGGCGCUCUGUGUGUGCCCCUGGGUCCAGAUCCCAGCGACUUCCGCUGCUACUGCGUGCCCGGUUUCCAGGGCCCACACUGCGAGCUGGACAUCGAUGAGUGUGCAUCCCGGCCCUGCCACCGUGGGGCCACCUGCCGCAACCUGGCCGAUCGCUAUGAGUGCCACUGCCCCCUCGGCUAUGCAGGCGUGACCUGCGAGGCCGAGGUGGACGAGUGCGCGUCGGCGCCCUGCCUGCAUGGGGGCUCGUGCCUGGACGGCGUGGGCUCCUACCGCUGCGUGUGCGCGCCGGGCUACGGGGGCGCCCGCUGCCAGCUGGACCUCGACGAGUGCCAGAGCCAGCCCUGCGCGCACGGGGGCGCGUGCCACGACCUGGUCAACGGGUUCCGGUGCGACUGCGCGGACACGGGCUACGAGGGCGCGCGCUGCGAGCAGGAAGUGCUGGAGUGCGCGUCGGAACCCUGCGCGCACAACGCGUCCUGCCUCGAGGGCCUCGGGAGCUUCCGCUGCCUCUGCUGGCCAGGCUACAGCGGCGAGCUGUGCGAGGUGGACGAGGACGAGUGUGCAGCGGGCCCCUGCCAGCACGGGGGCCGGUGCCUGCAGCGCUCCGACCCAGCCCUCUACGGGGGCGUCCAGGCCGCCUUCCCCGGCGCCUUCAGCUUCCGCCACGCCGCGGGCUUCCUGUGCCACUGCCCUCCCGGCUUUGAGGGGGACGACUGCAGCGUGGACGUUGAUGAGUGUGCCUCACAGCCAUGCCUCAACGGAGGCCGCUGCCAGGACCUGCCCAACGGCUUCCAGUGUCAUUGCCAGGAUGGCUACGCAGGCCUGGUGUGUCAGGAAGAUGUGGACGAAUGCCUCUUGGAUCCCUGCCUCCACGGUGGAACCUGCGAGGACACCAUGGCCGGCUACAGCUGCCGGUGCCCAGAGGCUUGGGGCGGGCUCGACUGUUCUGUGCAGCUCACUGGCUGCCAGGGCCACACCUGUCCGCCGGCUGCCACCUGCAUCCCUGUCUUCGAGUCUGGGGUCCACAGCUAUGUCUGCCUCUGCCCACCUGGCACGCACGGACCUUUGUGUGGCCAGGAUACUACCUUCUCCCUGGUGGCAGGGAGCCCUGUGCAGGCAUCGGUGCCCACUGGCGGCCCCCUGGGUCUGGCACUGAGGUUUCGCACUACGCUGCCCACUGGGGCCUUGGCCACUCGCGCUGGCACCCAGGACAGCUUGGAGCUGGCCCUGGUGGGGGCUGCACUUCAGGCCACACUCUGGAGCCACGGCACCACUGCACUCGUCCUGAGACUGCCGGACUUGGCCCUGAACGAUGGCCACUGGCACCGGGUGGAGGUGGCGCUCCGCCCAGGGACCCUGGAGCUGCGGCUGUGGCAUGAGGGCUGCCCUGCCCAGCUCUGUGUGGCCUCUGGUCCUGUGGCCCUGGCUCCCACGGCUUCGGCGGCCCCGCUGCCCGCAGGGCUGUCCUCUGCCCAGCUGGGCGGCGCGGCCUUCGCCGGCUGCCUCCAGGACGUGCGAGUGGAUGGGCACCUCCUGCUGCCUGAGCACCUCGGCGGGAACGUCCUCGCGGGCUGCGAGCGCCGCGAGCAGUGCCGGCCUCUGCCUUGCGCCCACGGAGGGGCCUGCGUGGACCUGUGGACUCAUUUCCGUUGCGACUGCCCCAGGCCUCACAGCGGCCCCACGUGCGCCGACGAGAUCCCCGCCGCCACCUUUGGCUUGGGGGGCGCCCUGAGCUUUGCCUCCUUUCUGCUCCAAGAGCCGCCAGGCCCCAACCUCACCGUGUCCUUCUUCUUUCGCACUCGGAAGCCCGCCGGCCUGCUGCUCCAGUUCGCCAACGACUCGGCAGCCGGCCUGACCGUGUUCCUGAGCGAGGGUCAGAUCCGGGUGGAGGCGCCGGGCAGUCCUGUUGUGGAGCUCCCCGGGCGCUUGGAUGAUGGCUUCCGCCACCUGGUGACGCUCAGCUUUGGGCCCGACCAGCUGCAGGACCUGGGGCAGCAGGUGCACGUGGGUGGGAGGCCUCUCCCUGCUGACAGCCAGCCCUGGGGCGGGCCCUUCCAAGGCUGCCUCCAGGACCUGCGACUCAAUGGCCACCACCUCCUCUUCUUUCCUCUGAGGCCACUGGAGAACUCAAGCCAGCCAGCCGGCGAGCUUGGUGGCAGGCAGCUCCAGAACCUCACCAUGGGCUGCGUCUCUGAGGACACGUGCAGUCCUGACCCCUGUUUCAACGGCGGGACUUGCCUUGUUACCUGGAAUGACUUCCACUGCACCUGCCCUGCCAACUUCACAGGGCCCACGUGUGCCCAGCAGCUGUGGUGCCCCGGCCAGCCCUGUCUCCCACCGGCCACCUGCGAGGAGGUCCCUGAUGGCUUUGUCUGUGUGGCCGAGGCCACGUUCCACGAGGGCCCCCCUGCCGCGUUCAGCGGGCACAACGUGUCGUCGGGGCGCUGGCUCAGCGGCGUCUCGCUGGCGUUCCGCACGCGCGACCGCGAGGCCUGGCUGCUGCGGGCCGCGGCGGGCGCCCAGGCCGGCGUGUGGCUGGCGGUGCGCAACGGCUCGCUGGCGGCCGGCGUGCGGGGCGGGCCUGCCGGCGCGCUGCUGCCUGCGCCCGGGCCGCGCGUGGCGACGGCGCCCUGGCACCGCGUGCGCCUGGCCAUGCAACGCCCCGCAGCUGCCGCCUCGCCCUGGCUGCUGUGGCUGGACGGCGCGGCGACGCCGGUGGCGCUGCGCGGCCUGGCCGGCGACCUGGGCUUCCUGUACGGGCCUGGAGCCGCGCGCGUCCUGCUGGCCGAGAACUUCACCGGCUGCCUGGGCCGCGUGGCGCUCGGCGGCCUCCCGCUGCCCCUGGCGCCGCCACGGCCCGGCGCGACCCCCGGCCCCGGAGAGCACUUCGCCGCCUGGCCUGGGACGCCGGCCCCGCGCCUCGGCUGCCGCAGCGCGCCCGUGUGUGCGCCCUCGCCCUGCCUGCACGGCGGCGCCUGCCGCGACCUCUUCGACGCCUUCGCCUGCUCCUGCGGCCCGGGCUGGGAGGGCCCGCGCUGCGAGGCCCGCGCCGACCCGUGUCGCUCCGCGCCCUGCGCCCGCGGCCGCUGUCACGCGCGCCCCGACGGCCGCUUCGAGUGCCGCUGCCUGCCCGGCUUCACCGGCCCGCGCUGCAGGGUGCCCGUGCUGCCCGAGGACUGCAGCCUGAACCUCACCUGCCUCCACGGCGGCCCGUGUGAGGGUGGGCCCCCGGGCACCAACUGCAGCUGCCAGGAGGGCUCUGCUGGCCAGAGGUGUCGGAUCCCCAUCCUCCCCUGUGAAGCCAAUCCCUGCUUGAAUGGGGGCACCUGCCGGGCAGCUGCCGGGGUGUCUGAGUGUCUCUGCAGCGCCAGGUUCUCCGGCCAGUUCUGCGAAGUGGCGAAGGGCCUGCCCCUGCCGCCGCCGUUCCCGCUGCUGGAGGUGGCAGUGCCCGCAGCCUGUGCCUGCCUCCUCCUCCUCCUCCUGGGCCUCCUCUCAGGGAUCCUGGCAGCCAGAAAGCGCCGUCAGUCCGAGGGCACCUACAGCCCGAGCCAGCAGGAGGUGGCCGGGGCCCGGCUAGAGAUGGACAGUGUCCUCAAGGUGCCGCCUGAGGAGAGACUCAUCUAGGCCAGCCUGGCUGCCAGUGCCAGCACCCUGGAGGUCCUGAGCGAUUUCUACCUGGAGACCCAAGGAGGCUGCUUUAGGGCCUGGGACACUGCUGGGGAGGUGUCCCCUUGGCUGGCUGCCCCUGCCGCUACCCCAUCGUGGACUGAGGAAAAGGGGAGCAACUCAGGGAAAUAGGGGCCUGGCGAGGGUGUGGACAUCUCCAUCUGACCCAGCAGGUUUUGCCUCAGCAGGUGUACGACUGUGUGUGUGUGUACAUGUGGGUGCACACGGUGUGUUCCGGAGCGUGUGUGAGCGUGUGCCUGUGAGUGUGAGUCUGCAGAUCCCAUGUGAGUGUUCUGAUGGGGCUCACGGGCGUGGCCGCUGCUUUUGCUCUGUGUGUACGUGACUGUGUAGUGGGCGCAUGUGGUCCCAGGGAGCAGGUGGCUGCACCGUGGAAACCACUUUUACACCCUAGGGCAGGGGCAGCCCAGGCUGCAUGUUCUGCAGGCGGCCAGGCCUUGCCCAAGCACCAAGGCUGUGGCUCCUGCAGCUCCUCCCUCCCCCAGGGGCUGCCCCUGCCCUGGAGGCAGCUGGGAAGUCAAGGGAUGCCAUUAGUGGAGGCCCUGGGGCUCCCGGCUCCCAAAACAAAUGCUCCUUCAGGCAGAUGUCUCUGCCCAGAGCUGGUCAUACAAGGGAACCACAGACCAACCCACCCCGUGCCUGCCCAGGGCUGGCCAGCAGGAGCAGAUGGGCAAUGGGCUGCCCCGAGCUUCCCACGUGCUGUGGUCGCUUGUCGUGGUCACUUGUCCAAUGGGGAAGGCACCCCCUGCCUACCUCACAGGGCUGUUGUGAGGAUCAGAGAGGAUGACAACGGGAAAGAGCUCUGGAAGUCGUAAACUGCUGCCUGAUGUGAA